ACAUGGCAACAAUUUGGGCAUUUGCUUUAUAAAGAUAUAUUAAACUGCACACUUUUUGAAUUUUGUGUGUGUUGCAUUUCAAAAAUAGUUUGAAACAAAGUUAACCAAGUAGUGUGACCACCCUGCUCCCUAAUCUCAGCUAUACCUUCAACAGUGUUUACUUCUUUUCCUCCACAGACCAUUUUCCAUGGGCUCGUGCUCCUCGGCAGCUUCCUGAUGUACUUUCUGGUAUCCCUCCUGUACAACGCCACCUGCGUCAUCUGCAACAGCCCCACAAAUCCCUACUGGGUGAUGGAAGGCCAGCUCUCAGACCCCACUUUCUACCUCGUCUGCUUUCUCACACCAGUUGUGGCUCUUCUCCCAAGGUGCUUUUUCCUAUCUCUACAAGGAACCUAUGGGAAGUCUUUAAUCUCAAAAGCUCAAAAAAUUGACAAACUCCCCACAGACAAAAGAAACCUAGAAAUCCAGAGUUGGAAAAGCAGACAGAGGCCUGUCCCUGCCCCUGAAGUGGCUCGACCCACCCGCCACUCAGUGUCAUCUGUCACAGAACAGGACUUCAGUGCCAGCACCCCAAAGAGCUCUAACCCUCCCAAGAGGAAGAACACAGAAGAGUGGAUGAUCCACGAACAGAGAUGCGGCAGAGAGUGCAUGAGGGAUGACUCAUGCUCAGGGGACUCCUCAGCUAAACUUUCAUCUGGAGAGCACCUGCUGGGGCCUCAUAGAACAAUGGCCUACUCAAGAGGACAGACAGAUAUGUCCCAGUACCCAAAGAGGGGCAGCCAUCGCCGAUCCCAGAGUUCACUGACCAUAUGAGGAGCUACAGAAAUCCAUACAAACUCAACAGAGGCCACCCAAUCACUGGCCCAAGCAACCCUUGACUCCUUCCUCUUCAUAGAGGAAACAUCGUGCCAGAGUUAUUCUUUUUUUUCCCCAAUAAGAUUGACUUCUUUGGAGGAAGUGCUGGUCCCAAGGGGUUUGACACAAUGACUGGAAAACCAGUCGGCCUCUAGUUUUCUGUGGCUGCCAGGCAGCACAUCUUGCAGAGUUUAGAUAAGGAGGCUAUUUUUGUUGCAUUGAGUUCUCAAAUGGGUUUAACCCAAAACCACUCUUCUGACCCUCUAGAUAAGUGCAGCCUACAAUCCAAUGCAAUUGGGCCAUAAGUUUCCAAGAUUCCAAGAAGUGUAUCAACCCAAGCAAUAUCUCAGGGUAUGGAAGUUUCUGGGUUUAUUUACCUUUCAGUAAAUAAACUGAGUUUAUUUAUGCCCAGAGUUAAAGUUUCAGAAGAGACUUGGGCAGCCCUAAGAGACUUAGGGCUUCAUCUCAAGUGUAUUGCCAUGAUGGCUGAGUUGGGGUUAUCCCUUCCAUGCACAGAGAGUUGGUUCUGCUUUUUGUCUGUAAGCCAAAGAAAAGCCACAUCUAAAGAUAUAAAGUGUAUUUGAACUCAGUGCCACAGACUCUUCUGAGGGUUGUAGGAUCACAGCUAGCGUAAGAGGCAUGAAGAAUGCAAAAGGGAACAGAUGCACCAGAGACCCCUGUUUUGGUUGACAGACCAUAUGUCCCAACAUCUGGGGAAUCUGACAAGAGGACAUAGGCAGCACCUUUUUUUUUUUUUUUUUGAGAUGGAGUCGCUCUGUCAACCAGGAUGGAGUGCAAUGACAUGGUCU